GCGCUUCACAAUGAAAAGACUCGUCUUCCUCGUUUUCCUCAUUCUCCUCAUCUGCCAAAGCCAAGCCGAGGAUCAGUACACAACCAAGUACGAUGGCAUCGAUCUAGACGAGAUCCUGGCUUCCAGCCGACUGCUUACCGGCUAUGUCAACUGUUUGUUAGACCUGAGGCCGUGCACGCCUGAUGGAAAGGAGUUGAAAAAGAACCUUCCCGACGCCAUUUCCAAUGACUGCAUCAAAUGCACGGAGCGGCAGAAGCAGGGCGCUGACAAGGUGAUGCACUACAUUAUCGACAACCGGCCUGACGACUGGGCGAAGCUCGAGAAGAAAUACAACUCCGAUGGAUCCUACAAGAAAAAAUACCUUGACAGCCAAGUUCACAGGGAAGACAAAACAACGGAAGAUGAAAAACCAGCAGAAAGCGAAACUACCGAGGGAACAAAAACCGAAACGACCGAAGAAAAGCAAGAAAAAUGAAGAACAAAAUCAUGAUGAAAUAGCUAUGAAAACAGGACACACCGAUUAAAAGUCGCUAAUAAAAAGGGUUUCUUAUAAUGA